AUGCGCGAGCAGUUCGUCCCUUUGGGAAUGGAGUUCACCCUUGUUGAUAUGACAGACAUCGAUAACAUCAAGGCAGCAAUCAAACCGAAUACCAAAAUGGUAUUCUCAGAGACUCCAGCUAACCCUCUUCUGCAGCUCACUGAUCUUGAAGCCGUCUCGGCGUUGUGCCGAGAGAAGGGUAUAGUCCACGUCUGUGAUAGCACAUUCGCUACUCCGGUCAUUUGCCGUCCGAUGGACUUUGGUGCCGACAUCACGCUUCAAUCGACUACGAAGUAUUAUGAUGGACACAAUAUCACCAUGGGUGGGGCUCUGGCUUGCCGUACUAAGGAGUUGUAUCAGCGUAUGAAGUUCAUUCAGAACAUGCACGGCAACAUUAUGUCCCCCUUCGUCGCCUUCAUUCAGAUGCAGACUGUUAAGACCCUUGAGCUGCGUAUCCAACGUCAAUCGGAGACUGCUAUGAAGAUUUGCAAAUUUCUGGAGGGCCAUCCUAAGUGCUCCCGUGUCAUCUAUCCCGGUCUUGAGUCCCAUCCCCAGCAUGAGCUUGCCAAGAAACUUCAUAGGGGCAACCUUCAUGGUGGGAUGCUCUGGUUCGAGGUCGCCGGCGGGCGUGAGUCUGGUAACAAAUUGAUGAAUUCGAUCCAGCGCCCUUGGUCUCUAUGCGCACAUCUUGGCCCUACGGAAUCGAUUAUGACCGUUUGUGCAGUGAUGACCCAUGCCAACAUGUUGCCUGAGGAUAGACUCAGGUUGGGUAUUGUGGAUGGUUUCAUUCGAGUAUCAGUUGGAGUUGAGGAUGCCGAAGAUCUCAUCCGCAGCUUGAAAAUGAGCUUAGAUCAACUAUGA